UCUCUAGGAUUUAUCUCAGGUUUAUCUCAGAUUUAUCUCAGAUUCUCCUAAUCUUACCACACAUUUUGAGACAUCUACCAACAAGAAAUCUCCCAACAUGGCUGAGAGCAAGUGUCCCGCUCAUCGCCUGAUGAACGUCAACGGCGGCGGCACCCGCAACCGCGACUGGUGGCCCGACGCCCUCAAGCUCGGCAUCCUGCGCCAGCACACGCCCGUCACCAACCCGCUGGGCGGCGAGUUCGACUAUGCCACGGCCUUCAAGAGCCUCGAUUACGAGGCGCUGAAGAAGGACAUUGCCGCGCUGAUGACGGAUUCGCAGGACUGGUGGCCGGCGGAUUUCGGGCACUACGGCGGCCUGUUUAUUCGCAUGGCCUGGCACAGCGCGGGAACGUACCGUGUGUUUGACGGCCGGGGUGGCGGCGGACAGGGGCAGCAGCGCUUUGCUCCCCUCAACAGCUGGCCCGACAACGUCAGCCUCGACAAGGCCCGGCGCCUGCUGUGGCCCAUCAAGCAAAAGUACGGCAACAAGAUCUCGUGGGCCGACCUGAUGAUCCUGACGGGCAACGUGGCCCUCGAGUCCAUGGGCUUCAAGACGUUUGGCUACGCCGGCGGCCGCGCCGACGUCUGGGAGGCCGACGAGAGCGUGUACUGGGGCGCCGAGAACACCUGGCUCGGCGACGAUGUCCGCUACGGCGGCACCAACGCCGGAACCAAGGCCGGCGAGCGCCAGCUGGAGAAGCCGCUCGCCGCCGCGCACAUGGGCCUCAUCUACGUCAACCCCGAGGGCCCCGGCGGCAACCCGGACCCCGUGGCGGCGGCGCACGACAUCCGCGACACGUUCGGCCGCAUGGCCAUGAACGACGAGGAGACGGUCGCGCUGAUUGCCGGCGGCCACACCUUCGGCAAGGCGCACGGCGCGGCGCCCGAUUCCCACGUCGGCGCUGACCCCGAAGCCGCCGGCAUCGAGGCGCAGGGCUUCGGCUGGCAGAACAGCCACGGCUCCGGGGCCGGCCCGCACGCCAUCACCAGCGGCCUCGAGGUCACCUGGACGAGCACGCCGGUCAAGUGGAGCCACGACUUCUUGACGUACCUGUUCAAGUUCGAGUGGGAGCUGACCAAGAGCCCCGCGGGCGCCAACCAGUGGGUGGCCAAGGACGGGCCGGAGAGCAUCCCGCACGCCUUCGAGGCCGGCAAGAAGCAGCGGCCGACGAUGCUCACGACGGACCUGUCGCUGCGCUUCGACCCGGCGUACGAGAAGAUCUCGCGCCGCUUCCUCGCGCACCCGGAGCAGUUCGCCGACGCCUUCGCGCGCGCCUGGUUCAAGCUGACCCACCGCGACAUGGGCCCCCGCGUGCGCUACCUGGGCCCCGAGGUGCCGGCCGAGGUGCUCAUCUGGCAGGAUCCCAUCCCCGUGCUGGACCACCUGGUGCUCAGCGACAAGGACGUCACGCUGCUGAAGCGCGACAUCCUCGCGUCCGGGCUCAGCGUGUCCAAGCUGGUGUCGGUCGCGUGGGCGUCGGCGUCGACCUUCCGCGGCAGUGACAAGCGAGGCGGCGCCAACGGAGCGCGCAUCCGGCUCGCGCCGCAGAAGGACUGGGAGGUCAACAACCCGGCGCAGGUGGCCGAGGUCGUUGCCGCGCUGGAGAACCUGCAGGGCCGCUUCAACAGCUCGCGCAGCGACGGCAAGAAGGUGUCGUUGGCCGAUCUGAUUGUCCUGGCCGGUUGCGCUGCGAUUGAAAAGGCCGCCCGUGAUGCCGGCCACCGCGACGUCGUCGUCCCCUUCACGCCCGGCCGCAUGGAUGCCUCCCAGGACCAGACCGACGUGGAGUCGUUCGGCCACCUGCAGCCAAUCGCGGAUGGCUUCCGAAACUACGGCAAGUCGACGUCGCGCGCCAACGCGGAGCAGUUCCUCGUCGACCGCGCCCAUCUGCUGACGCUGUCGGCGCCCGAGAUGACGGUCCUCGUCGGCGGCCUGCGCGCGCUCAACACCAACUGGGACGGCUCAUCCCACGGCGUCUUCACGUCGCGCCCCGGGCAGCUCACCAACGACUUCUUCACCAACCUGCUCGACAUGAACGUCGCGUGGAAGGCCACCGACGACGCUGACGUCUUUACGGGCAGCGACCGCAAGACGGGCGCGCCCAAGUUCACCGCCACGCGCGCCGACCUGGUCUUCGGCUCACAUGCCGAGCUGCGCGCCGUUGCCGAGGUCUACGGCAGCGCCGACAGCUCGUUCCGCUUCGUCAAGGACUUUGUGGCGGCGUGGGACAAGGUCAUGAACCUGGACCGCUUCGACGUGCCCAAGGACAACAAGAUGCCGUCGUCGGGGGUGAGGACUCCCAGCCGUUUGUGAGGCGUGGCUCUAGAAUGUCGAGGUCCCGCCGUCUGAGGUCUGCAAGCAAGCAUGCAUCUACUCUUGCUGACGGGUCAUGUUUUUGUAUCCAUGUAUCGAGUGUUCAAUAUAGCCACGGCCAUUCCCAACAAUAAAUGCACACUGCAUUAACUGAAUUUAUGA